AUGAUGUUGACUGGUCACCGGGCAGUAGCAACACUCCAAAUCAAACAGAGAAAAUGUUGAAGACGCUGCUGAUCGGAGGUGUGUGCUGUACAGCGGUCUUUGUCGUGGGAAUCCUCAUCGGUCACUUUGGAAUAGACAAGAGCAGCAGCGGGCCAGCAUGGCUGUCCGAGGUCAACAAGGACGUGGAUGAGAGUCUCAUUGAGGCAUUCUUGUCUCAAGUGGACAACAAUGAGAUCGGUAAAAACCUCAAAGAGUUGACCAAAGUCCCUCACAUGGCCACAACGGCCGGCGAUGAGGAGACGGUCCAGCUAAUGCUCAAGAGAUGGGGAGACCCUGACAGUGGGCUUGACCAGGCUUGGAGGGAGGAAUACCAGGUCUACCUGUCGUUCCCUGAUGCCAGGAAACCCAAUAAGGUGACAGUAGUUGGACCAUCUGCCUCAACACUGUACACGGUGCGGGAGAAGGAGAAGCCGUAUUUCCCAGAUCAGCAGGAUCCUGAGGUGGUCCAGCCAUACGCUGCCUACUCACCCGCUGGGGUAGCUAUGGGUAAAUUGGUUUACGCCAACCAGGGCAAGCCCACUGACUAUCAGACUCUGAACGAGACGCUGGACCUCAGAGGAACAAUUGCGAUCACCAGAUAUGGAGGAGCCGGGAGAGCAGCCAAAGCUAUAAAUGCUGCACCGUACGGAGUCGCUGGAGUUCUGGUCUACACCGAUCCUAAGGACAUCAACGACGGUCUCAUGUCAGAUACCAAGGAGACGUACCCUUAUUCCUGGUACCUACCGCCCUCUGGAGUAGAGAGAGGGGGGUUUAGUACCCAAUAUGGAGACUUGUUGACCCCCUACCUAGCGGCCAAAGAGAAAACAUACAGGAUCCCAAAGGAGGAUAUAACAGGAAUCCCACCUAUUCCAAUACAACCCAUUGGAUUUGAGGACGCCUACAUCUUAAUUUGUGAACUCGGAGGGACUGUGGCACCAGCAGAAUGGCAAGGAGGAUUCAAUUGUUCCUAUAAGUUUGGUGGCCCAGGAUUCCAAGACUCCAGUCUAUUCAACAACAGUGAUGUAAAGCUCCGAAUAUUCAACACUGAAGUGUUGAAGAACUCUUCAAACGUGAUGGGCAUGAUCAGAGGGAGCGUGGAACCAGACAGGUACGUCAUCUAUGGUAACCACAGAGACAGCUGGGUUCAUGGUGCCAUAGAUCCAAGCAGCGGAACUUCAGUCAUGUUGGAGUUGACCAGGGUCCUAGGCACAAUGCUCAAGAAGGGAACCUGGAGGCCUCGCAGGUCUAUCAUCUUUGGCAGCUGGGGAGCAGAGGAGUUUGGUCUCAUUGGGUCAGCUGAAUACACUGAGCAAUACAUGACCAAGCUCAGUGAACGCACUGUUGCCUACAUCAAUGUGGACAUUGCUGUUUUUGCCAAUGCUACGUUGCGAGCGUCAGGAAUGCCGUCCAUGCAGCACAUUAUCUUCACUGCAGCAAAACAGGUCCAGGCACCUGGAAUGGACUCAACAUCCGUGUAUGAGAACUGGAUCAAGUACACAAACAGAACCAGCCCAACACAUGGAGUCAUUCCCAGAGUCGGAUACCUGACCGGAGCCGGAAGUGAUUAUGCCGCCUUCGUCCAUUACCUUGGAAUCACUUCAAUGGACAUGUCAUACACCUACGACAGGACCAAAACAAAUGCCCGGAUCUACCCAGCCUACCACACAGCAUACGACACCUUCCACUAUGCGUCAACAUACAUCGAUCCUGGGUUCCACAGCCACCAGGCAGUUGCGAGGGUAGCCGGAAACAUUCUGCUCAGAUUGGCCGACAGCCUCCUGCUGCCUCUUAACUGCACUGACUACGCAGAGAGUCUGGAAGACUACCUCAGUGUGGCAGUGAACCUUUAUCAAGACGGACUAAUGGCACAAGACAUCUCAAUGGAGCCCCUCAAACAGGCUGUCGCUCGAUUUCGCAAAGCAACUUCUGAUUUGGACAAAGUCAUUACAGGACUGGAUCUGAAGAAUGAAACACCUCUGACCUUCCGUAAGAUCAACGACCGGCUAAUGCUGCUUGACCGGGCUUUCUUGAAUCCUCUGGCGUUCCCAGAUCUAUAUGGACACAGGCAUGUGAUUUGGACACCCAGCACGGCAGGAAGGUCCACAUUCCCAGGUUUGGCCGACGCCUUUGCCAAAGCUCAGUCCUCUGGAUUGACAGAAGACUGGCAACAAGCGCACUACCACCUGUCAGUCCUGAGCCAGGCGAUAGAUGGCGCCGCCUAUGCAUUGAGUGAUGAGUCCUGAGGAUUGUCACUCUGAUUAAAAUAAAAACCUAGCAUUUUCUGUGUUACUAUCUGCAAUACCCAAAAAAUAACUUCAAAUACUUAAUUAUUUAAAUACAUAUUUAGAGUGCCUUUGUAACACACAAAAAGAAUCAAGUUGUUGCCUAUGCUUCUCACAUUUAAGAAUGCAACAGAUCAACUAUAUAUGACGCAAAGAAGAGGUGAAGCGUUCACACAUCGAUUUAAGUAUAGACCAGAGAAAUACGUGCAGCAAGUGGAAGCCAGCUAAGUGAGCGGAGGAGCAGGAAAGCUGACUGGUUCUGGACCAGCUUCAGAGGUCUGAUGGCAGGCAGACUUGCCAGGAGUGAGACAGCAAGAAGACUGGGGCUGGAACAUGUGCCGCGUCACAUGGCUCACACCCAGGCUCAUGGUGGUAUCGGAACAGGUGCUGAACGAGUUGCAAGUGAAGGUGACGCUGAAGUCUUAUUUAUCACCGCAAGACAACAUUGUCCAGGUCAGAGACGUCAGACAAUUCAAGAUGCCAUUCAUUUUCUUGAAAUAGUGGACAGUGAACUGUUCAGGAUGUCCUCUAGGGUCCACCAUAAGAAGCUCGGUGAGGCUGCAGUGACCACAGAACGGAGGGCCAAUUUGAGCUUUCCAUACAUUCUCCUCAAUAUAUGUCCUCAUCACUCAUAAACAACACCAAACACGGUUUCACUUGCCAGUCGCCAAGUUUAUUAUUCAUUGAUACAUAGACUUUGUCGCCCUCAUUAAAUACCCCCCUCCCCGUCCCUCCCACCACUCAGUCCCCCUCCUGCUCUGGAGAGGUCAUCCCACCCCAAAACACACUCUACUUUGUGCAGCAUAUUGCUCUUUAAGACAUCUGCGAAAAAAUAUAAAUGAAAAAUACUACAACUUUUCUGCUCAGAGUUCUAAAAAAAUAAUACAUUUUGUUUGAUAAAAAAAAAAAAAAUGAAACACCACAGUGUCCCUCAGUCUGAGACAGCCCAGCUUGAAUGUUUUUCCAAAAGAGUUUGUGAAGGGAUUAUAGGAAUAUAACUAUACAUUUAUCAUUCGGUCCACACAUUUGACUCAGUUACGACAUUGAUCUCCCAGGUGUUUGGUUGGUGACAGAUUUUAUUUGGCAUUUUCUUUCUUUCUUUUUUUUUUUUUAAUCCCAAUGGAGGAUAGGAUCACCGCUAGAGGGCGCUGCCGGCAGAGUGAAGGGCAGUGUGAUGACACUGGAGGAAAACUCAGGUGUUAAGUCACAAGGCAUGCAUGUU